UGAAGCGAUGACGUCUAAGCGGAAGUGAUUGUCAGGACUGUUUUCUGCAGGAUGAAGAUGAAGUUUAGAAAACAAGUCCAAACUUUUACAAAAUAAGGAUUGGUAGUAAAGUUUUAAACGGCAGUAGAUAUGAAGACGGUCUUUGUUACCGUCGGAACUACGCGCUUUGAUGAGCUGAUAGAGAGCGUCACUUCCCCUGAAGUAACACGGAUACUGAAGGCUCGGGGGUAUGAGCGUCUGGUUCUGCAAGUCGGAAGAGGAGCUUUUGUUCCAGAUGCUGACAGCUGUGCUCACCUCAGUGUGGAGGCGUUUCGCUUCAAGGACUCCAUAGCGGAAGACAUGAGACAGGCUGAUCUGAUCAUCAGCCAUGCUGGGGCCGGAAGUUGUCUGGAGGCUCUCGGUGCUGGAAAACCUCUGCUGGUUGUAGUCAAUGACAAACUGAUGGACAACCACCAGCUGGAGCUGGCCAGGCAGCUGCACAUGGACCACCACCUGCUGUAUUGUACCUGCAGCACACUGAUAGAGACUCUGAAGAACAUGGACCUCUCAGUUCUGCAGCCAUUCCCACCUGGACAGCCAAAGAACUUUGCUGACUUUUUAGACAAAGCACUCGGGGUGAAAUGACUUCUCAAAACUGUUGGUUAUGUUGCACAGAACAGGGCUGAUUCUUUAUUUUCAAAGAUUAUGACUUUGCGAACAACUUAAACUGGAUGUUUAUUUAUUCUAAUCAAGAAAAGUUUGGGUUUUGGUAAUAAAAUAUUUAUAUCAAAUAUCUUUAAAUAGAACUUUUAGAGCUCUGAUUGUAGACAGAAUGAGGACUAAUAAGUCAGUACCUGUAAGGGGACCAAUCUUAUAGACUCCAGUUCACUCAUUCUGUCAUUGAGUUUGACUGCUACAGCUGAUUUGGAAAUAAAGAAGGUCACAUCUAACGAUAACACUCAGUUGUAGACUAAA